UUGAGCAAGUGCAUCCGGGGUAAUCGGGGUAGUUCGUCUGGAGGUCAUUUGCGACGUGUGUUGUUUUAUAUAGUCCUGUGUUCUUGGAGGUGUAUUUUGUGACUCGCCCCAUUGGAUUAUUAUUCUAUGGGUUUCUGAGAAAUCUCUGUUAUAGCCACAACACACCGUUGAGGAUGUCUCAGGCGUCUUCGGGAUUCCCGCAACACGGGGUUUCACCUCAGAGUCCAGUAGACAUGGGUUAUGUUCCCACGGACGAGGAGAAGAGAGUCUUCCGGGAGUGCAGCCUGGAGAGCUUCUGGUACAGAUCUGUGCCAUUUUCCGCACUGGGCAUGGCCAUCACCCAGGCGCUCGUUUCCAGAGGCGUCCUGACGUCAUCCAGCAGGUUUGGCUCUCUUCCCAAAGUGGCCUUUGCUGGGUUGUGUGGGUAUAUGGCAGGGAAGAUCUCCUAUGUGAAGACUUGCCAAGAGAAGUUUAAGAACCUGGAAAACUCCCCUCUGGGAGAAGCACUUCGACAGGGACGCCAAUACCAGCCACCAGGGAUUUCUCCUCCGAGCCAAUCAGAGUUUGAGGACGGCAGCCAGCAGCAGCACGAGCCUGUCUUCCAGCUCCCAGCCGAGCAGCGUGGACCCAGCCAAUCAUACGCCGACUUCUCCUACAGUGACUCCACCUACCAACCCGCCUUCAGCUCUGUGAACGCUGACUCCGCCUUCCCCUCCGCCCCUUUCAGUUCUGCCCUCAGUGAGUCCGCCGCGCUACUCCCUGCCGAAUACCCCACCCCCUCCCCCAUAGCCCCGCCCUACUUAGAGGAGGAGAAAUCAAAGAAGAAGAGCAUCUUCUACGAGGAGCUUCGCAGCAAGAACAGAGAGAACUACGAGGUCACCAUGACACAGAAGGCUGAGACACUGCUCAAACCAACGCCUGGGGGCGCCACGCCCAACAGAGCCACGCCCAGUAAGGACGUGAAGAAAAACAUCUACGGUGAUACCUGGGAAGAGUGAGAGAGUGUCUUUGGAGGGACAGAGAGAGAGAGAGAGGUGUCCUGUGACUCGUGUGCAACUGCAGGAGAAGACGGCCAUCCCUGUGGCCAGCCGCUGCUCACAUGCGUGUAUCUGUUUGUAGUGCAGAACCAUGGACUUGACACAGCUGUACAGAAUCAUUGUUAUUAAACCAAAUUGGUUUUAGCUUGCA